AUGGCGGCCUUGGGCGAGGAAGAGCCGAAGGAGGGAGCGGCCUCGGCUCUGCGGCAGGAGGGCAACGAGCACUUCCAGGCGGGCCGCUACGAGGAGGCGCUGGAGGCCUACGCCCGCGCCCUCCGCCUCCGCCCGCCCCAGCCCCAGCGGGCCGCCCUCCACCGCAACCGCGCCGCCUGCCACCUCAAGCGGGGGGACUUCGCGCAGGCAGAGCGGGACGCCUCCAAAGCCAUCGAGGCUGAUCCAGGGGACGUCAAGGGCCUCUUCCGUCGCAGCCAAGCCCUGCAGCAGCUGGGCCGCCUGGACCAGGCCCUCUCCGACCUUCAGCGGGGCCUCACCUUGGAGCCCAAGAACCGGGCCUUGCAGGAGGCCCUGCGCGACCUGGGAAGCUGCAUGCACGACAAGGUGAGAGCUGCAGCCUCAACAGACUCGAAAGUGGAGCAGAUGUUCCAGGUCCUACUGGACCCCAAGGAAAAGGAUCAAGACAAGAAGCAGAAGGCAGCCCAGAACCUGAUAGUGUUGGCCCGAGAGGAACCUGGCGCUGAGAAGAUCUUCCAGAAUGAUGGGGUGCAUCUGCUUCUACAGCUGCUGGACACGGAGCGGCUCGACAUGGUCCUGGCAGCUCUGCGUACCCUUACUGGCCUCUGCCGGGGUCAUCGUUCUCGGACUGUGGCCGUCCUGACUGCGCUGGGGCCUCGGCGUUUAUUUGCCGUGCUGGAGCUGGAGGAUGAACAGAUCUCGCUGGCUGCCUGCAGCCUGCUGCACGUCAUGUUUGAGUCCCUGAAGGAGGGGCUGCAGAGGGAGGUACGCGGCAAGGAAGAAGCCUUGGUGUCUGAAACCUCCAAGGAGCUGAAGUUGCUGCUCAAGCAGCUGUUGGAAGCCCUGGCCCGGGAGAGCAUCUCUUCCUACGGCCGCGACAGCAUCCUCAACUUGCUGAUCACGGUGGUGCCCCGGAAGUCGCUGCAGGAGCCCAACAACAGCCUGACCCUGUGGGUCAUCGACCAGGGCCUCAGGGAGAUCCUGGCGGUGGGGGGCACAGUGACCCACGUGCCUGGCAGCCUGCGGGUGACGGAGAACAGCCACAUGAGUGCUGCUGUCCUGCUCAGCAAGCUCUUUGGGGACCUGAAGUGUGAGGUGGAGCGGGAGAAUUUCCACCUGCUCUGUGAGAAUUGUGUCAGGGGCUGGUUCCAGGACGAAGAGCUGCCGGGGAAGCUCCAGGCUAUCCGGGCGGUGUCGUGCCUUCUGCAGGGCCCCUCUGAAGCAGGGAAUCGGGUGCUGGAGCUGAGCGGCAUCAUGGACAGCAUCCUGUCCUUGUGCGCCUCCUCACGGGAGGCCGACCAGCUGGUGGCCGUGGAGGCCCUGAUCCACGCAGCAGACAAGGCGAAGCACGCUUCCUUCAUCACCGCCAAUGGCGUGACGCUGCUGAAAGAGAUCUACAAGCACAGCGAGCGUGACAGCAUUCGCAUUCGUGCCUUGGUGGGCCUCUGCAAGCUGGGCUCGGCGGGAGGCACGGAUUUCAGCAUGAAGCAGUUUGCGGAAGGCUCGACGUUGAAGCUGGCCAAGCGGUGCUGCAAGUGGCUCUGCAACGAGGCCAUGGACACGGGGACGCGCUACUGGGCAGCGGAGGGCCUGGCCUAUCUCACCUUGGAUGCAGAUGUGAAGGAAGAACUGGUGGAGGACCAGGCGGCCCUGCAAGCCCUCUUCCAGCUGGCCAGGUCAGAAAACAGGAGCGUGAUGUUUGCGGUGUCAUCUGCCCUGGUGAACUGCACCAGCAGCUAUGACCAGCAAGAGCUGGACCCCCAGAUGGUGGAGCUGGCCAAGUAUGCCAAACAGCACAUCCCCGAGAAGCACCCCAAGGACAAGGCAGAGUUUGUGUGGAGGCGCGUGCGGAGGCUGCUGGCUGCGGGGGUGGUGUCGGCUCUCAGCUGCAUGGUGAAGAACGAGAGCCCUGCUCUGAGUGCCUCCUGCCGAGAGCUCAUGUCCAGGGUGUUCCUGGCCCUAGUGGAGGACCCAGAGGACAGAGGGGUCGUGGUAGCCCACGGAGGGGGCAAGGCUCUCAUCCCUUUGGCCCUGGACAGCACCGAAGUGGGGCAGAGCAGGGCAGCCCAGGCCCUCGCCAAGAUUACCAUCACCACCGCCCCGGAGAUGGCCUUCCCCGGCGAGAGGGUCUACGAAGUGGUGCGGCCACUGGUGGGCCUCCUGCACUUGAAGCGCACGGGCCUGGAGAACUUCGAGGGGCUGAUGGCCCUCACCAACCUGGCGGGCACCAGCGAGCGGCUCAGGCAGAAGAUUGUGAAGGAGAAGGCGGUGCCCAUGAUCGAGGGCUACAUGUUGGAGGAGCACGAGAUGAUCCGCCUGGCGGCCACUGAGUGCAUGUGCAACCUGGCCCUCUGCCCGGAGGUGGCUGAGCUGUUCCUGGCUGAAGGGAGCGACCGGCUGAAGCUGGUGGUGCUGUACAGCGGGGAGGAAGACGAGCGGCUCCAGAGGGCAGCGGCAGGGACGCUGGCUGUGCUCACCUCCUUGUUGCCCCAGAUCUGCCCCCGCAUCCCCCAAGUGACGACCCAUUGGCUGGAGAUCCUGCAGGCCCUGCUGCUGAGCUCAAGCACGGAGCUGCAACACCGCGGCAUGGUGGUGGUGAGGAACAUGGUCCUGGCGGAGAAGGAGCUGGCGGAGAAGCUGGUGGAGAGCGAGAUGCUGGAGAUCCUCUCUGUCCUGGCCGGGCUGGAGAAGGAGAAGCCCCAGGUGGCCCCGCUGGCCAAGGAGUGCCUGGCCCAGGCCGUGGCCUACGGCUUGAUUCAGCCCAGCCCCGGGGCUGGGGAGUGAGAGGCCGCCCACUGACACACAGGCACCUCCUUCCCCAGGCUGGGGCUGCUCUUGCUGCUGCUGGGAAAGGGACCAUGGCCUCAUCUGGGGUGGGUUCCGGGACAGGAGGCCCCUGCAGCCCGGGGAUGGGGGCGGGGUGGAUGAGGCCCACCCCAGAGGAGCUGCUGUGGGUGCGCGUGGCUGGUGGUGGGAAGCCUGCUGCCGCUGAUGCCCCUCUAGGGCCCGCUUGCUGCUUCCGCCCUUCUCUUCCAUUCCUGCUCUCGCCAUGGGGGGACAGGGCUCUCCUUUUGGACCAGGCCUCUCGGAGGCAAAUAGGACCACAGGUAGCAAAUAUGGGUUAGAAUAACCACCUGUCCUUUGUGUGAUGCCUGUUCAGUCAUCAGUUAUCAGCACUGCUCUGAUCGACUCUGUAAGCUCUACAACUUAAAAGUACAGGAGUGAACUGAA